AUGACAAACAUCCUUGAUAAAAUAAAACAAGUGAAGAUUGUACGUAAUGGAUUAGAUUUUUUCUUCUGUUUAUACAUCAAAUUAAUCGGAUAUUUUGAACAAUUACCAAAUAAAAUUUUAUUAUAUUUAUUUGAAAAUUAUAUACAUUUAAUUGAUGUUUAUUUGGCAUUUUAUUUUCUUAAUAAUCGUCGAAUAAAUGAAAUUAUAAAUUCUGCACAUUUUUAUAUUGAUAUACCUUCAAAAGAGUUAUUUUAUGUGAAAUAUUUUUCACAUUUAGCCAAUCAAAUUGUUUCAUUACGUUUAUCAAUAUUUUCUAAUGAUGAUUUAGAUCUAUCAAAAUUAAUUAAUCUACGAUAUUUACAUAUAGAAAAACCAACACAUAAACAAUCAAUUUCAAUUCAACCUGAAAUACUUUCACCUUGUUGGUACAGUGUGGGAGAAUUACCAAAACAUUUAGAAAAUAUCAAUCAAUUAUGUUCUUUUAAAUAUUUACAUUUUUUUAUUUUACCUGAUGGAAAAAUGAUUCGUAUUUCAUUAAAAUCUGAUCAAACUUCUAUUAAUCAAUAA